AUGGCCGAGCCACACGCCGUCGAGUCCGACUACGACUCCUCCGACGAAGCCAUCACCAUCACUCUCACCCAUCGCAACGCCCCGCACACGUUCAAGUUCCCCUCGGACGGCACGAUCACCCACCUCUCCGAGGACGUCGAAGACACCCUCUCCAUCCCGCCGUCGAACCAGAAAUUCAUCGUCCCGAAGCUCGGCCUCCUCAAGCCCCCCUUCAAGGACCCGGACAUGUCCCUCGCCGCGCUGCAGGACAAGAAGAUUAUGCUCAUGGGCGCCGAGGCGAAGGAGGUCGCCUCCAUGCAGGCCGCGUCCGAGUUCGCCGCGAAACGAAACGCCGCCCGCAGCGCGGCGCGGCGCCAGAACCGCUCCUCUCGAAGACGCGACCAGGGCCGUGCCCAGGCCGACAGCACCUACACCUUCCUCUCUGUCCGGCCCCUCGCCGGCCUGCCGCACCCGGAGCGCUCCCUCGCCCUCCUCGAGAGGCUCAAGGAGGAUCCGGGCAUCCGCGCCUCGAUGCGCAAGCACAAGUUCAGCGUCGGCCUGCUGACCGAGAUGGAGCCCCUAUCCAACACGCAGUCCACCCAUGAGGGCACCACGAGGCUUCUCGGUCUCAACCGCAACGGCGGGGAGGCCAUCGAGCUGCGGCUCCGGACGGACGCGCACGAUGGGUACCGCGACUACAAGACCAUCCGUAAGACGCUGUGCCACGAGCUGGCGCACAACGUUCACGGCAACCAUGACCGGGACUUUUGGGACCUGUGCCACCAGAUUGAGCGCGAGGUCGACGCCGCCGACUGGAAGCACGGCGGGCACACCGUUGGGCAGCAGUCGUCGUCAUAUUACGCGCCGGGCGAUGAAGAAGAGGAGGGAUUCGAAGACCACGGGGCGUGGGAGGGAGGCGACUUCGUCGUCGGCGGCAGCGCUGCCAACGCCACGGGCCUCAGUCGCCGCGAGAUCCUCGCCAAGGCUGCCGAGGAGAGGGUCAAGAGGAUGAAUAUGGAAAGGCGGGACGGAGGGAAACCCGACUCUGGCCCAUCAUCCUGA